AUGGCCUCUUAUCGCACUCUUGGAGUUGGGCCAAAUGCAUCCGAAGACAGUAUUCGCGCAGCCUACAAAGCUCUCGCACUCCAGUAUCAUCCCGACAAAGUCGACAAACUGAAUCGUGCAGAAGCCACCGUUCACGAGUUGGAAGAUGGCGCCGAGGAUUUAGAUUGGCGCGGUAAGCUCCCAGAGGGUAUCGGUGGGUCUGGAACUGCAUGGUGGGACGCACUUGAGGGAAACGAGCCCGGCCCUGUCAAGCGAUGGGCAAAGGUAUCUGCUAAAGCCCAGCAAAAUGUUGGAAUGAAAGUGGACGCUACUGCACGCUUCAUCCUGAAUGCAGAGUACCAAGAUGCAUAUGAAGGCUUCGAAAAUUGGCGCCGCAAGCAUAUCGAAAAGCGUGACCAAGAAGAGCGUCUCCAAAACGAUAUCGACGCCAUGAGUCUACGCCUACGAGAUCAAGCUCGCGCAACGCUUGCAGAGAAGCGAAGCGCGCCAGGCUAUCAGCAUGAUGACUAUCAACAGUUCAACUUGGAUGAAGAGCAGUUCUUCGAGGAUGAUAGCUCCAAGCGUACGGGUACAUGGCGUGACAAUCACAACACCCUAGCGUCCGGCAAGAUUCCCGUGCAACAGCGAUACACGCUGUUCAAGAAGCAGGUCUCAGCGAUAGAAAGACGUCUUUCGACCUUUGAUCCGGAGUUCCGAACCAAAACCGAGCUGAGGCGCUGUGCGAAGUCUCGCAAUUGA